GGGAGAUCCGAAUCAUUCUCACAUCUACUGCUCGGUCUACAGCAAGCCCUUCUACCCUUUCUCCGCUUCCAGCGAGUCGAUAUCGCCCUGCCUGAGCUACGGAUGACUUGAACUUUGCUGCCCUCAACCCCAACAGCCAGGAUCGCAGCCAUGGGGGACUUGGUGGACCCGAAGCCCAAUUACGAUGUCGACGAGCCUGUUUACCAACCUCAGGAUGCUCUGGAGAUCUCAGCGCGUUCCGCGGCAUUAACUGGUGCUGCUGGGCUAUUCAUUGCCUCUGUCCAGAACACUGUCGCGAAGGAACAAAUCGGUGCCUUUGGAGUGUUUACACGUUUUGGCAGGACCAUUGGUCUACUCACGGCAAUGGGAGGCACAUUCCAGUUCGCAAGCACGGCUUCCGCAAACCUACGAGAAAAGAACGAUUACCUUAACCAUGUGAUUGGCGGUACCCUUGCUGGCUCUCUGAACGGCCUCUGGAAGCGCUCAAUGACAUCGACGCUGGGCAGUGCUUUGGCACUCGGCACCGCGAUGGGCGUGAUCAGCUACACUGGCCGCUCGAUGUUCGAAUCGUCCUCAGACAAGGCCUUCGAUGACCGGAUGACAUAUAAAGAGGAGGCCAGGGCUCGGUUUAGAAGGCCUCUGAAUGAAACAAUCAACGAGCUGGGAGAAGGACGAGGCAUUUACGGACCAGGGUAUGAGGAAAGACGGAAGCAGAGAAUUAAGGAAAGAUACGGCUUCGAUGUCCAGCCACCUUACUACGAAGGCAAGGCCGCACCCGGGGCAUGAUUCGCAGCCUUCUCUCCCCCAAAAUUGCAAUUGGAUUCGUGUAUGAAGCUCGUGCCGGGGCCAUUGUCGUAGCGACAAGGUUCCAGCCUGAUACUCUUCACUGCGCAAGUCAAGGGAGGCAAUCAGACAUGUUACACCAUUCGCAAGGCUGAUUUUGAAAGACCAAUCGACAGACUCAAGAUCAUUUGUACAUAGGCGAACUAUACCAAGAUGUUCCGCGGGAUAUCCUUGCAUUCAUCUUCAAGCUCGAAACUAGAGGCUACCAAGUUAGCUUCUUCCUGAACAGAGCUCCUUCUCCAUCAUGUGGCUCACUCAAAGCUACUGCCUCAGGAUUCAUGUGGGAAGAGCAAACAAGCCACUGCGAUUGAAGGAUGGCCUGACCGAUUGGGUACAAGGUGAUGAGCCCAGCAAAUGCAUGUGCGUCAGUAAGCAAGUCUAACCAAAGGAGGAACAAAAUCUGUCCACACAAGGGAUUGGAAACUGCCUCAAUUCUGGGAUUCUGUUUCCAGUGGCAAUAAUUAUGCCCUAUUGCCUACCUCGCUACCUGGUUGUCCAUACAAAAUGGUUUGGGUGGCUAAUGCUGUAACGACCAAGAGGUCCCGGUGGCCUCGAAUGCAUGCCUUCUUGCUCCUCAACAGAGGUGGAGCUGGAAUCCCCUUAUCCGCUGGUUCCAGUCAAAUCACGCCACAACUUUGUACCAAAUCUCAAAUCCAAG